AUGGCGAGAUUUGUAUUACUUUGCUUCUUUCUCCUUUGCCUUGUCGGAUCUAUUCACUGUGAUGACUCAGGUUUUGAUUUCAAGGAGUCACUCGACUCCCUGGGAUCACCGUUGUUAGACAGUUUUGCAUUUGAUACGUCUACCGGGUUACCUCCAUAUAUGGGUCCUCAAGUUGGGCUAAAAGAACAGAAUAAGAUUACAACUUUGCCUGGACAGCCGGAUGGAAUAAACUUUGAUCAAUAUUCGGGAUAUGUUACGAUAGAGGCUGAUGCAGAACGUGCAUUGUUUUACUAUUUUGUUGAGUCUCCUCAAAACUCUUCUACUAAGCCACUUGUGCUGUGGCUAAAUGGAGCGCCCGGCUGUUCUGCAUUUGGACUUGGAGCAUUGAUGGAGGUCGGGCCAUUUAGAGUUGGCAAAGAUGGCAAAACUCUGUAUCAAAAUGAAUAUGCAUGGACUGAUGUUGCCAAUGUCAUCUUCCUUGAAACUCCUGCUGGUGCUGGAUUUUCGUACUCAAAUAGAACAACAAAUUACAAGCUGAGUGGAGACAACGUUAUUGUGCGGGAUUCAUAUACCUUCUUAGUUAAUUGGUUCGAAAGAUUUUCCGAAUACAAGACUAGAGACUUCUUUAUCGUAACAGAGGGCUAUGCAGGCCAUUACGCACCCAAGCUUGCUCAGCUAAUACUUGAUAACAACAAGCAUACAAGUCAAGCCACAAUCAAUUUGAGAGGGAUUGUUAUGGGAAAUCCAUACAUCGACUAUGAAACACUCAUCCAAGGAGUGGUGGAUUAUUACUGGGCGCAUGCCCUCAUUUCAGAUGAGAUAUACACAGCACUUAUAUCGAACUGCAAUUUUUCUUCGCCAACUGCUAUAUCCAAAAUUUGUAUGGGAUUACUUGAGCAAUCAGAUAUUGCCGCUGGUAAUAUCUCUAGCAGGAACAUAUAUGCCGCCCCAUGCAAUUCUUCCUCAAACCCUACCAUUGUCCCAGAAUUUGAUCCCUGCUCGAAAAGUUAUGUACUCUCCUAUUUAAAUGUUCCUGAAGUUCAGACAGCUCUCCAUGCAAAUGUUAAACAAUGGGAGUUCUGCAAACAGUUGAAAGAUGAAGCAUUAACCGUGUUGCCUAUCAUUCAAGGGUUGAUGGCAAGUGGAAUUCCAGUAUGGAUAUAUAGUGGUGAUGUAAAUGCUGAAGACCCAGUAACAUCAACUAGAUAUGCCAUAAAAAAGUUGGAGACUUCCGUAAAGACUCCGUGGUACCCUUGGUAUGUCAAAGAAGAGGUCGGUGGUUACGUAGUUGAAUAUCAAAAUUUGACAUUUGUUACUAUUAGAGGAGCUGGACAUCUUGCACCUAGCGAUCAACCGGUUCGGUCCCUCGUGGUCUUCUCGUCGUUCCUAGAUGGGAAGCUACCCCCUCCAUAUUCAAGCACAAGCACUGGAGUUUAA